UUGCUCUCCGUUCACGGCAGAAGAAGAACAUGCUUGACACCAUUCGGUGUUUACAUUUUGUAGCAGAAAGUGUUAAACUCUGUUUUCAAAAUGCCAUUCGCUGUAAGUGACUUUUGCGGUGACUGAGUACACAAGGACGACGAAGUUUGACAUGAACGUUUUAUUUGUUUCUUAGUUUUUGAACACUCGACACAGCAACAGUGAGGUUUCUGUGGGUAAUGUUUAACGUUACCCGUUGUCACGCGCUGUGUGAGACUUCAGACCCAAUGAAGUAACAGAUUAGUUCACAACCCCUCAGUGUUACUCUACUUCUAGAAAGACUGUUCGCUUUACAGUAGGAGAAGUGCCUUUCAUUGCUCCCCAUGAUGCCAUUGAGGAAUACCGGUCUGAAAAGAUCUUUACCAUUUCAGACCAAAACUGGACUGGAAGUUUCUGCAGAGGUUCUACAGCAUUCUGAAAAUUCUUUUCCCAAGCUGGUCCAACCAGAACGUGCUCAUGUUUGCGACAUUGCUUGGAGUCACUAUUUUAGUUCAACUGGUGAUUUAUCAGGUGGGUCUUAUUCCAAGCCAGUUUUACGGUGUCUUGUCUCAGAAGAACUAUGGCAAGUUUCAAGAGUUGGUGUCAUUUGCCAUUCUCCUUAUCCUUAUCAACUCUGUUAUCUUCAUCUGCUUUUUCAGCUAAAAAGUGUUGAACAGUACAUCUGUAGUCUCCUGUAUGUGAGCUGGAGGGAGUCUCUAACAGAGGACCUACAUAGAGAUUACUUCUGGGGACGAGUGUACUACACCCUAAACGUACUCCGGAAGGACAUUGAUAACCCAGACCAGCGGAUCAGUCAGGAUGCAGAGAGACUCUGCAAGCAGCUGAGCAGUAUGGCUAGUAGGCUCGUCAUAUCCCCCUUCACUAUCUCAUACUACACCUUACAGUGCUUCAACAACACUGGUUGGAUCGGACUACUUAGUAUUUUUGGCUACUUUGUGAUAGGGACAGUUGUCAACAAGAUCCUGAUGGGACCCAUUGUUCUCACUCUGAUUGAACAAGAAAAGCUGGAAGGAGACUUCAGAUUCAAGCACAUGCAGAUCAGAGUCAAUGCAGAAUCAGCAGCAUUCUAUAGGGCAGGCAAGGUGGAGUGUAUGCGGACAAACUGGAGACUUCAGCGUCUCCUCCGCACACAGAGGAGUCUGAUGAACAAGGAGCUCUGGCUUUAUAUUGGAGUGAACACGUUCGACUAUCUGGGAAGCAUCCUUAGCUACGUCGUCAUUGCAAUCCCUAUCUUUGCAGGUGUCUAUGAUGGUAUGACCCCUGGUGAGCUCAGCUCUCUUGUCAGCAAGAAUGCCUUUGUGUGCAUAUACCUGAUUAACUGUUUCACGCAGCUCAUAGACCUCUCCACAACACUCUCAGAUGUUGCAGGAUACACCCACAGAAUUGGAGAGUUAAGGGAAGUGAUCAUCGAUAUUGGCAGGAAACAGUGUGAUUGCGAUCCUGCUCUAGGGGAGGCAUAUAACUUUGACAGUGACGGGGAAUUCCUGAACUCCUCCAGUGGCACUGCUUUUGUGCUACAGCAGCUGUCCUAUAAGUGUCCUCUAUCUGAGGAACUGCUGGUCAAAGAGCUGAGCCUCAAGAUUUGCCAGGAUACACAUCUUCUGCUGGUGGGCAACACUGGUACAGGGAAAACCUCACUACUCAGGGUUCUCAACCGAUUGUGGGAACCUUCUAAUGGUUCUGUUGAGAUGACCACAUUUUUUGGCCCAAGGGGCAUCCUCUUCUUGCCACAGAAACCCUACUUGACUGAUGGCACACUCCGAGAACAGGUGAUCUACCCUUUGAAAGACAUUUAUCCAGCAGCAGGUUCUGUUGAUGAUGAGAGAAUUCUUCAGUACCUUGAACUGGCUGGGGUGUCCAGUCUUAUAAAGAGAACAGGAGGACUGGAUGAGAAAGUGGACUGGAACUGGUAUGAUGUCUUAUCACCAGGAGAAAUGCAGAGACUCUGCUUUGCUAGGCUGUUCUACCUACAGCCAAAAUUUGCAGUGCUGGAUGAAGCCACCAGUGCUCUGACAGAAGAAGCAGAGGGACAGCUGUACAGGACUUGUAAACAGCUGGGCAUGACUCUUGUUAGCCUAGGUCACCGCAGCAGCCUGGAGAAGUACCAUGAUGUCAUGCUGCGACUGUGUGGAGGCGGUCAAUGGGAACUCACCAAAUUAAAAAUGGAGUGAACCUCAGGAUUUGCUUAGCCGAAAUGAAUGGCUCAGUCUGUACACACACAUCCUUUGUAUUUGUCAAAAACAUCAAGACCUUUUUCUGAUGUGGAAAAUUACUUGUGUAUCAGAAAAAUUAAAAUUUUGAAAAAAC